AUGUUAUUAGCAAAAGUUAAAUCUGUCGAGGAAACCUUUUUUUAAAUAAGAAUCUGGUAUGUUUAAUAUUUAACAAAUUCAAUUUAAAAGCUCCUCAAAUCAAAAACUCAAAAACAUUUUAAAAAAUUCCAGGAAAUUGGUAAAAUAGUUCUGGUUAGUUAUUUUUCAUUUGUGUUAUCAGUUUAACGUUCGAAUCGAAUCAAGUAAGCCUCGCCUUUGCCAAUGGCCGCUUCGGGAAAACGUGCGUUAAAUGUCUUCUCGUAAAAUUGUAAUGUAUUGAUUUUCGUGUUUGGUUGUGUUUUUUUAAUUAUUUCCCGUUAAACCGAUAAAAAUCGAGCCAAGAGGAAAAAAAAAUGGGCAAUGUUUACGCGAGCAGUGCCAAAAAACCGGCGGAUCCGUCGUAUACGGUCAUGCAGCAAGACCUUUAUACCGAUUCGGAAAAAGGCGAACAUGUCGAAAACCCCGGCUCGAUGGAAGAACUGCACAAAAAGUGCAAAGAGAUUUUCCCAGUCAACUUUGAAGGGGCCAAGAUAGCGGUGCAAAAGGGCCUGAGCAACCAUUUUCAGAUAUCUCACUCUCUAAAUAUGAGUUCAAUAACUCCGUCAGGCUAUCGGUUUGGAGCGACGUACGUUGGAACUCAACAAUUCGGCCCAGGGGAAGCUUACCCUGUUCUAGUCGGAGAUAUCGACCCAGUAGGAAAUCUCAAUGCCAAUAUUUACCAUAAAUUUACUGAAAGCCUAAUUACAAGGUUUCAAGCACAAGUACAAAGUAGUAAUUUUGCAUCACAGUUUAUAGUCGAUUAUAAAGGAAAGAGUUAUACCACUUCUCUUACUGUUUGUAAUCCUGACCCUGUCGCUUGUACAGGCGUUUUUGUUGGUCAUUAUUUACAAAAUGUUUAUAAAAACAUCGACUUGGGGGCUGAAAUCGCUUAUCAAAGAAGUCAACAAAUCCCUGGAAAUCAAAUCGCUGUUACCUCACUUGCUGGAAGAUACACCGGUGGUGAUUUUACUCUUUCUGGCACUGUUGGCUUAACUGGUUUACAUUUAUGUUACUAUCAAAAAGCAAGCAAUCAACUACAGCUUGGCGUUGAGUUUGAAACAAAUUUUAGAGUUCAAGAGGCGGUAACUUCCGUCGGUUAUCAAAUAGACAUUCCUAAGGCUGAUUUAGUAUUUAAAGGAAUGGUAGAUUCCAAUUGGAAUGUUGGAGCAACGCUAGAUAAGAAAUUGUUCCCUAUGCCAUUUGCGCUAACCCUGAGUGGGAUGUUGAAUCACCAGAAGAACCAGUUCCGCUUAGGACUUGGAUUUAUUAUUGGCUGAAUAAUAAUUAUUAUUAUAAGAGACAAUCGAUUUGUUUUAGCUUUAUUAGUUGCAAUAAUUGUUUACGUUGCAAACCACAGUCCCCUUUUUUCCACUUUGAUUUUAAUUUCUUUUUACGAUGUUAAGAUUUCAAUGAAAUUAAAUUAAAAAUAAACUUUACAGGAAGAAUAAUAUGUAUAAUUUAAACCUAAUGUGUACAUAAUAUACUACUGAUCCCUUCCUGCAAAGAUCAAUAAUUAAAUACCAUUUCUGUUGGUAUAAUAGACGACUGUAUUUUGUUCUUUAAAAUAUUUAUGUUCGUGUUUUUGUACAUAUCUAAUAAAUAUAAUUUAAUGGCAUUCA